AUGAGAAUCCAAGCUAGUAUCCUUCUUGUUUUCAUCUCGUCCGCCCUGGCGGAUGGGCCCUGCGACGUGAAUAGCGACUCUUGCCGGUCUGUCAUCAACGCGAGUGCCUGCUUCAACAAAUUCCUUUCUUUUGGAAACAAGGACCAGGUGCUGAGUUGCCUUACUGGCACGGAUGGGACAGCUACGAACCAGCAGAAGGUAAACUCAUUAAUCCAACGGCUGUGA